AUGGCGCCGUCAAGUGAGGCAGAUAUGUCCGUCGACUAUUACGAACUGCUGUCAAUUCCAAUGACAGCAUCGGAAUCUGAAAUCCGACGUGCUUAUAGGAAAACCUCGCUGCUCUAUCACCCCGACAAAGUCAAGCCCACACCAGAGACCUUGGAGAAGUUCCAACUGCUGCAGACUGCGCUUAAUAUUCUGACAGACGCCGCUGAGAAGUUAAAGUAUGACCAGACGCGGGAAGCUAAGCAAAGGCGUCUGGCAGAGACUGCUGCGCUCGAGAGCCGACGGCGACAGAUGAAGGAAGAGCUGGAGAAAAGAGAGGGAUCUGCCACUGGAAUGCCCGCCUCUGUAAGCGGCGUGAAGCGCACUUGGACCGAGCGAGAACUCGAGAUCAAGCGUAUUGCCGAAGAGAACAGAAAGAAGCGAGAGGUGGCAAUGGCACAGAAGACUCGAGAGGCGCAGGUCCGAGCACAGGCAGCCGAAGCAGCGGAAGAAGACAAGUCUUCCGGUUCGAUAGACCGGUCUGUUAAGGUGCGCUGGAUCAAGGAAGCAGAUGGGCUGGAUAUUGAUCAAGAGGCACUCGAAGAAAACUUCGCCUCGGGCGAUGUGGAGAAUGUCCUAAUGCUAAAAGACAAGAAACGCCGUGUAGAAGGCAGAGAAAAAAAGGUCCUACUUGGCACAGCCGUUAUUGUGUUCAAAUCGUUGGCUACAGCUAAGAAAGUAGUGGCACAGGGUCCAUGGGAGGGUAUCGAAAGUGUCGAGUGGGCGGCAACAAAAGAAGCUGAUGGCGGUUGA